AUGACCAUCCACCGCAUCACACUCUUCAACAUUCCCAAACCAGACGACGUCGACAUUCUCCUCGCCGAAUAUCGCACUCUUGCUCAAGAAGCAAAAAAGAACUCAGAGCCUUACAUUGUGUCAGUCCAAGCGGGUCGCACACUGCCUGACGCGCGAACGAAAGGCUACACGCUGGCCGUCAAGACGACCUUUCGCAAUAUGGACGAUAUGAACUUCUAUGAUCAUGACUGCGAAGCACAUAAACGAUUGAAGUCUGUUGCUGCACCCAAGAGGCAUGGGGAUGUACUUACGGCGUACUUUGAGGAUGUGGUUGGGCUUGCAAUUUAG